AUGCUUCAACACAACAGCCAUACCACCGAAUUCACAACCAACUUUGAAAUUCCUCUGGAACCGACUGAUCUUGAGAAGGAAUCCGACAAGUACUUUUGUGUGGAUGAUGUUGAAGUGGAACGUUCGGAGCUGGAUUCAAUACUGGAUGAAAUUGAGAACAAACUUUCCGAUAAGGCCUAUUCAAUAACGAACAAGGACUUGUUCAGCAAGAUCUACACUUGUGUAAAACGCUUUUCAUCAUUGGAAGAUAACCAGAAAAUUAGGCUUGUAGAUAGUUUAAACAAUAAUCUGGUGUUGCUACUGGCAAGUAUUAGUAAACUGCUCUCACCUGGAGUAGAGUCCGGUAAUAAUUUAGAUCACGUCAUUAGUAUUCACAAGAAUGCACUCAAAAUGUUCAUCUUUUUAUUGUAUUGGGUGAUAUCAAAAUACGAAAAAGAAGAGGUAGAAUAUGUCAAAUCCAAAAAAGACGAAGAACUGAGCAAAACAAAAAAGAAAAGAGGAACCAAGGCUCGAAGGAAAAGUAUAAUUGAAUUAGACAGCUGGAAAGAAGGAAUUUUACAUACUCUAUGCUCUGUUCUCAAACGUGAUGACCUUCCAAAACUUUGGAAAAAAGAUCGAGUCGAAGAUGCCUUUACACUCCUAUUCUUCAAAAUAUCCUUUUCCUUGAUGGAAAACCAUGAUAACAUCAAAUCAACCUUAAUCAAGGAAUCAAUUUUUAAACUAAUUACCAAUGCUCUUCAAAUACCUUCAGACAAUUUACAAACUGUGGUAUCCUCAAUACUGCACAUGAUUAUGAAUGAUGAGCAAAUGACAAACAUAGUUGUAGAAUUAAUAGACCAUAUUGGAAAGAAUACAUCACGUGCCACAAAUGAUAGCUGUAGUACAGUUGAAAAACUGUUUGUGAGCGAACUUUUCAGAGAAAUUGGUAGCUUAGAGUUGAACAAUGAUACCCCUGGAACCAAAUUUCUCUCACAAUUCAUUUCUACCAUUGGUGAGAAAGUUCCAACAGCAAUUUUGUCAAAUAUGAGUGUUGUAAUUUCUCACCUCAAUGACGAGUCGUAUAACAUUAGAAAUGCAAUCAUCCAUGCCAUAUCAAGAGUCAUUCCAACUGUACUUAAGCAAACCUCUGACGAGAAUAACAGUAGAAAUACUACCUCGGAGAAUCUUACAAAGAAAACAAGAGACCAACUUCUCACCAUUCUCGAAGAGAGAGUACACGAUGUUAACGCAUACACACGAAGCAAGGCCAUACAGUGUUGGUGUUAUUUGUGUGAGGAGAAAUCUAUUCCCCUAAAAAUUCUUCCCAAAAUUUUAGAAACAGUGCUCGGUCGGUUGUAUGACAAGACGUCAUCGGUCCGAAAAUCUGCAAUUCACUUUUUAUCAACUCUUCUUGAAAGUAAUCCAUAUGGAGCCGAUUUGAAAUUAGCCAAGUUUACUGAAGAAGCUACAGCAGCCAAACGAAUUGUAGAUAGCUUACCAAAACACACAGAGGAAGAAUUGGAGAAUUUACCAGACCUCGAACAAAAAGAAAUUCGCUUGACACGUGACAAUGCGUUUAAAUUGUACCUAUUCUACAAGGAAGGAGCGGAUUUUAUCAGCAAGGUUCAUGAUACUCUACCAUCCGUUUGCCAAUUACUGAGCUCUGAAACAAUUACUGAUGUAGUGGAGUGCAUUGACUAUCUGGUAAAGUGUUACAUGUUCAGAAUAGAGAUCUCAUCAUUUGGCUUGAAGAAAGUACUAAAGCUGGUGUGGUCACCAUACCAAUCCAUUAAGGAUGCAGCUUCUGAGGCAAUUCAACACAUAUUUAUGAAUACUGAAAGACUCAGUAGGAAUGCAGAAGAAUGUAUUGAAGUUGCAAAACAGUUCGCCGAGUUUGUCACAGAAUGCAGCCAGUCUGAGUUGUCAGCUCUAGAGUGUAUUGUGAACAUGCUAGUCCUCAAGAAUGAGUUUUCUAAGAAUCUUUUCUUGUCACUUUUGGAAAUUAUUUCUCCAAAAUACUCUGAACAACAUUGUAUUGGAGCUUUAAUUUUACUUAACAUGAUAGCAACCGCAAGACCAGAAGCACUGAGAAAAAAGAUCAAAGCUCUCAUUAAUAAUUGCUUCGGGAGAACUGAAAAGCAAGGUUUCCUCAUUGCUCACUAUGCAUGCAAAAUAUUUCAAAAGAUGGCCAUUGAUGAUUCGAGCGAUGCCUAUAAGGCUGAGGAAAAAAAGAAAUCAAAAUCAUCAUCAACAACCGUUGAUAAUGAGGACAUGCUACGAUAUGCAGGAGGUAAUGACAACUUUAAGCUAACCGAUGAUCACAAAUUAUUUGAAAUACUUUUAGAGUACUCAAUCGAUAAGGAACAAAAGUUUCCAAUUUAUGAGUGGAUGAUCCUCACAGAAUCAGCCAUCACCACCAUCUAUGCAUUAUGCAUGAAUCCAGAACAGCUCUCAACUCACAUUAUCAAACAAGUCUCUCUGAAUACAAACUUGUCAGGAAACAACAAUGAAGCAAACUCUCAAUUGAGCGUUGCUCCUGUCGAGCUUACCAAGCUUUUCUUCAUUCUUGGCACUUGCGUCAUUCAAGAAUUAGUAUGUUUAGAACGUCAAUUCAAGAAAGCAAAGGGGUUGAACAAGGCAGCUAGCAUUGAAAAACAACAAAAUACUUCCUCAAAGAAGUCCUCAUCAUCCUCCAAAAAAUCAUCUAAAAAGAAGAGAGACCUAUCAGAGAUGGACGACGAGGAAGAAGACUCCAACACCACCGUCAUCGAGAAAGAGCUGGGAUUGGACAAUAUGGACAUUCACGCUCUGGAAGAGUCUUUUAAGGAAAAAGAAAACAACAUUAUCACAGAAUCAUCACUCUAUGGAUCCUAUCUUCCACUUAUUCUCAAUAUCUGUUGUGACAACACAAACAUUUACAAAUACUCUGUUCUCAGGAGAAGCGCAAUACUGGCUCUUUGUAAAUACAUGUGUGUUAGUCAAACUGUGUGCGAGCAACAGUUACAACUUCUCUUUACCAUCCUGGUCAAAUUACCAAAAGAAAUGCACUCCAAAUCGUCCAUUGAUGGCUAUGCAACAAUUAGAAAUAAUAUCAUUGUGACUAUUGGCGAUCUUGCAUGCCGAUUUCCAAAUUUCGUCGAGCGAUAUAUACAUCACUUGUAUAGUUGCCUUAGAGAUACAGACCAAAGAGUACGAAAGAAUACCCUUCUAGUGCUUUCACAUCUCGUCCUCAAUGAUAUGAUCAAGGUGAAGGCAAACAUUUUUGAAAUUGUGAGAUGUAUUGUGGAUACCAACGAUGAAAUUUCUCAGCUGUCGAAAGCCUUCUUCACAAAAUUGGCCGAAAAGGCAUCAGGAAACAACAAUCCCAUUUACAAUCUAUUGCCAACCAUCCUCAGUAACUUGUCCCAAAAGAGUGCGAAUAUUACUCCAACCGCUUUCCAAAAUAUUAUGGAGUUUCUACUUUCCUUUGUCAAGAAAGUCCUCCACAAGGAAAAACUUGUUGAAAAAUUAUGUCGAAGGUUUGAUUUGGUCAAGAUUUCAUCUUCUAUUCAUACAAAUGAUGAAGUUUAUGAAAAAACAAUACAAGAGGAAGAUAUAUUGCAAGAAUUGGAUAUUACUUCUCAACCAGAAGCAGUUGUUGAGGGUGAUACGAAAUUUGAUCACGACGAAGAGAUUAUUCAGCAAUGGAGAAAUCUUGCCUUCUGUCUUACUCAACUGUCCAUGAAUGACAAGUGCAUUCAAAUUAUGAUUUCUGAAAAUUGUGUAAAAUCCUACAAGAAAGCUCUCAUCGACUUUGAAGUCUACGACAUGCUAUCCUCUAUUACAGCCAAAUUCAAAAAGACGGCAUCCACUAAGGUUGGAAAGAAAGCCAACAGCGAAGUAGGAGUAUUAAGCCCGGAGCUCAAAGAUGCUAUUGAAGAAUGGGAGAAGCAAAUUCGACAAACUCAUCUCAAGCUGUGUGAAGAGAGUGGUGUGAAAUCAAAGCUUUUAGAGAGCGAUGACGAUGAAAACGAAGAUGACAAUGACGAUGCAUCCGCUAGUGAAAAUACUCGAAGUGGUAAAAAAGUCAUCAAACGAAGAGGUAAAAAGUCAGCCUCCACUAAGAAAUCCAAAUCUAAGAAAGGUCGAAAAACGGUUAAUGACGAUGAAGAGGAAGAAAUUGAAUUUUCAGAUGAAGAUGAUGAUGACGAUGAGGCCAUCAAUGAAUUGCUAGAAAGCGAUGGCGAGAGCGACAAGGAUAUUGGUUCUGAUUUAGAGCUGUUUGAUAGCGAGGACGAUAAGGAACAAACAGUUGAGGAGGAAGAAAAUAACACGAUCACAAGUCUAACCAAUGCAGAGGACACAAAUGAAGAGGAAGAAACGACAGUCAAAAGAAGAAGCCGUUCAAAAAGACGCUAA